AUGAGCCGUGUAACCCAUCGGCAACAGCAAUGGAAAUCCGUUAAUUCCGGCGCCUCAACGCCUCAACCACUCAUUUCCUCUACGAACCCAGCAACCACCACAGUGACAACCACAGCAACAACAACUACGACGACUACUACGACAACUUCUAAGGGCUCCAUACCAAACAAUAACACACGGAAGCCGCAACAGUUUGCAGAUAAUGAAAGUGGUAAGAAAAAGAGUGGUGACGCACUACCAGGUAUUGCUGGUCCGGCCAGUGCGAAAGCAUUACGAUUUGGACGUCGAAUCUAUUCAAAGGUAUCUGGUGAAAGUGGAACCCAGAGUAAUAUAUCAGACAAGCAAACAGAGAACCGUGCACAACUCGCCCAAACGGUAGCGGCGCAUCUUUUGAAAGCUGCACUUGACCGACAACCAAAUGUUUUGCCUGUUUUCUCAAAUGAUCCAGAGACGCAUACGCCUUAUAUGUUACCAAAGGAUGAAGCACUUAUGCGUCCUGAGAAAAAAUUACUAAUGACACCAUGUUUAGGACUUGCUGCUAGUGCUAAUGCUAUUACCUUAAAAUCUUCGUGUUUUCCUACUUUACCAGAUGAGGCGGCACGUCGAUUGGAAAAGGAACGAUCACUUAAUCGAGUACUCUUCUCUUGGUGGGAAACCCGCAAUGCAUGUCGCCAAAAUGAAGAUACUAUUGCUAACGUAGAGGAAGAAUUACGUGGUCCAUUGUGGGAUUGCUUUAAACAAUUUCUCACAGAGGAAGAAGGACGGGCUAUGCAUGAAUUAAAGCAAAAUCAGAAAACUACUUUUCCUGGUAAAUUAUAUAGUAAAUGGGGAGAAUUUGAUGGAGAAUUGACAACCAAAUCAGGAUUAAAAACUCUAACUGGUAAAGGGGCAAUAUCAUUAGAAUCAGAAGCAGUAGUAGCAAAUCUCCCAUCAUCAGAUCGUGGAAUUUCAAUGCCAUUAGAACUUUAUGAACGAUUGUUUCAGACUGUAAUGAAUCGUGUUCAUAGACGUUUCUUAAUGUUAUUACGAUGUCAAGGAUGCAGUAAUACAGAUGAUACCAAUACUUCACUUCAAUCCUCUUUACAGUGUAAUACAUAUAUUCAGUUUCUUUUGACUUCAGAAAUAGAGAUGAUUGAAGCAGGAGAAAGAGUUUCCAAUUAUAAUGAUGCAAUUCCAUCAUACUUACCUCUUGUUUCUCUACCAGAAGAACGUUGUUUUCGUCCUUUACUUGCUGCUGAAACGGCAUUUAGUGUUGCGCUUCUUUGGCGUAUAUUAGAUCAGACAAAAUCUAUGGUUCCAGGUAUGGCGUGGGCCCUGGAACUUUUUACUAAGUAUCUAUUACCUCAUGUAUACGAAAAUUUCACACCUAGUGAAAAAUUACUUCCAACAGCUGGAGCUAUUGGAGAACAGGUAGAACAAUUACAUUCACUACAGCUUAAUCUUAUUCGUCAACGUAGUAUGAAGACAGCUACUGUGCAAGCAAAGGAAGAUGUUCGAUAUUUAGAAACAUUUAUGAAAAGUUGGGCUUGGCGUACAUGGAGACAGAGUGCGGUGGGAGAAAAAAGACGUGGAGUGGCAUUAAUGCGAUUGGAAAGUAUAUUUAAACGUCUUCAUAAUGCCAUACGUUUACAAAAGACUUUUAGAGAAUGGCGACUUACUGCAAAAGAAGGUCGUUUUAAAUCUCAACUUGAUGAAAUUGAAAGAAAGUAUAAUUCUUUCCUUACAGGGGCUCAACAUGCCGCCCGUCGUGUGCAAUUCUUUCCAGAAUUUACAGAAGGUAUGGAUAUUCUUCCAUCGGUGGUAAUGCCGGAUAAAAACAAAUUUGUUGCGAUUAAACUCGCAGAAACGGCACAACAUACAAAAGGGCAAAAGAAAACACAGAAUUUGAUAAGUGAGGCAAAGAAGAAGGAAGAAGAAUUAGAGGAUGAGUUAAAACAGAAUGAAGAUUCUUUACCAUCUACACAAAAACCGACACAACUGACUCCUAAAGAGUCUGGAAUUAAUUCAGAUUCUUUUUCCCCUACAGAUAUGGAACAGGCAAAGACACGAUGGGAAUAUGUGGAUGAUUCUAAUAAUAAAAGAAUGCAACCAAGUGAUAUGAAACCUAUACCACAGACGUUUAUGACUUCUAUUAAACAAGAGAAUAAUAACUCUAGUGAAGGUACAGCUUUACAAAAACGUGCUGUAGAAACUUUUGAAGGUAUGUUACAGAAAUUAGAAGAGAUGGAAAAAAUUAGUGGGUAUCUACGUCAAGAAAUUGCUAUUCAAAAUCGUCUUAUUCAAAAACUAGAACGUGAAAAUAAUAGCCUAAAAGGAAGAGCAACAGAAUUAGAGCAAGCUUUAUUUAACUCUGAAGAAAAACGAUUACAUUUUUGUAAUCUUGUUCAAGAAAGAGAACUUGAUGUACGAGAACUAGAAAGACGUAUUGCACAGUUAAAGUCUCGCGUACGUUGUCAACAACAACGACCAUGGCAACGUACUGUUAUGCGAGUUGUGGGUGAAAUGUGUGGUGCCUCUACAACUGCCUCUGAGUACAGUGAUGAUCGCCGUGUGGCUCGUAAUAUGAAAACCAGUCCUGUGGAAACUAACGAUAUAAGUAAUAACAGCAACCGGAGGAUUAGUCUUCCUGUACCACUGCACUCUACAACUACUUUACCUACAGGGCGGCGAUUGGCUUCUGGCGAUGCAACUUCUUCACGCGGUGAGGAUGCAGCAACAACACCAAACUUAUCAUCAGCCGUCAUUCCUGUUGAUAAUGAGAGAGUAGAUCGAGAUAAUGGAGAUGAGGUACCGGAAUUGGCACCUGGCGCAGAGGAAGAACGAUUAUUUGGAAAGAUUGCCCCUCUUGUUAUCUCCAGUACACGGUAUAUGCCAGAUGCGCAGACCAUAUUACGUGAUUGGGCAAAUAAUUGUCUUGAUGAUUUGGAAUCUCUUGAUGAUUUGAAAGGUGGAGCUCUCUCAACUCGAUUUCAUAACUUUUCAGAGGAAGUGCGUAGUGGUGUACUCAUAAGCCGUUUACUCUUUUAUCUCGCCUUACCACGUUACCAAAAUAAAACGGCGGUAGCGCAUACAACUAUAGAAGGGACGGGUAAAAGACUUUCUGAAAAUUUGGAUUUUACAGAACAGCGACGACAAUUAUUAAUGCAGCAUAAUGUUCAAUUAGAAGCUCCUUUUCCAACCUAUUCUGAAUGUUUUGGUGAUCUUCUUAAUUUAAAACCAUCAGGGCGUAUGUCUCUUUUGUUACAGUUUGCAACAGAAUUAAUAGAAGGACCAGAACAAUUGGGAGAUGAAUAUAUACAAAAACGUAUGAAUCGUAUUCGAGAAGCCGCAAUAAAGGCAACUGAGAUGACUCUUCCACCAGCUGCAGAUCGUGUAGAGAUGAUGGAAGUAGUGGAUCCUUAUGCUUUGGCAAGAGGAGAUCGUAGUGCAGCUAUUACUCUUAUCUCUCUCCUUUAUGUACGCUUUGCACAUCCAUUUAACCACAAGGCAAAACAAAGUGCAAUGGUUGAACGUGAGGCUAUGUUAUAUCUUCUUAGCAAUGGUACCUAUUUACGUCAACAACACAGUGGUGGAGCGAGUUUAUCAGAAGAAGGAGGAAAGGAAGAAACAACAGAAAAAACAGAAUCUAGUGAUACACCUAUAACUCGAGAACUUCUAUCACAAUUAGAAGAAGAAGAACGUAGUCCUUGGCAAUUAUUUUUAAAAUAUUGUCAACCAUUAAUUAGUACUAUGGCUCAUCCUUUUAUUUUACGUGGUAAUUUUUGGCCAAGUGUGGCAUUUGAUUCUCCAGAAUUAGCCCAAAUGCUUGGAGCAUUGGGUGUUGCAUUACAUCGUUCACUUGAAGUUCAUCGUUGGCAUAUUAUAGUUUCUUGUUUAGUACCCGUAAACACAUAUAGUAGUUUAAGUCGUGGUAUUUUUACUGGACGACGUGCAUCUCCUUCUGCCUUACAAGUUGGAUUAGAACGUGAAGGAGAUUGGGUAUUUGCAGUGGAUAUGCCAUGUAUAAAGAAAGUUUUCCAUCAGCGUGAAGGGGUAAUUCGUCAGGCUAUUGAGAAUGGAACUAUGAAACGUGAUAAUGCUUGGCAUGAUGAUGAAUGGCGUAAUGAAGGUUACUUUACUGAAAUGGAUAAAUCAUACUUAAUGAAAGCAUUUGGAAAUUGUGGAAAUGAUCUUUUACAAUUAUUUCUUAGACGUAGUACUCUUUCAAGUUCUUGUGCAAUGCCAUCACUUGAUCUUGGUGGUUGGCGAUUAUUAUGGAUUGACACUGGUCUUGUUAUUCCUGAUGAUCCUGAAGGAUCUCGAGUGGAUUUAGAACAAUUAACAAGUAUUUUCUAUUCUGUAGCAACUACAUUAAUGGAAACACGAAAAGAAUCUAAAGUAACAGAAUUACAUAUGGAUGAAUGGAAUUCCCAACCAUUACCAUUAUUUGUCAAUGAACUUUAUUAUCCUGAUUUCCUCGCCGCAGUGGUAUUAUUAACUCAUGAAAUGUUUCCACCACUGGAUCCAAAUACAGAUGGAAGUACUGAAAGUAUUACAUGGCUUGGAGAUGGUCUUUCACAACUUAUUUUCAAACUUGUUGCACCCAAAUUGUUAUCUUGUGGUUUGGAAGAUCCUUUAGUUAUUGUGAGAGGUAUCCGAUCAAGUAUUAAGACGGAACAAGUAUUAAUACGUUAUAAUAAGGCAUUAAUGACAAUCUUUCAUUCCUAUUGUAAAGAAGUAUGUGGUGUUUCUGGAAUGGAGCGAGAACAAUUACUACAUAUGUUACGUGAUGCAAUGUUAACAAGUACAGAGAUCUCACAGAAUUUAAUUUAUGAACUUUUUCAACCUUUUAGUGUUAAUAAAAAGUCUGAAGAGGCUCUUCGAGAAGAAAAACGCCGUGAGCAAGAUGCUCGACCACGUGAUAUGCCAGUCCAACGUCGUCGUGGUAAUGUGAGUAUCCUUGAUCCUAACUCUGAUCAGCCAAUGCUUACAGGGAGAAAUAAAGAAUUUUGUGUAUUACUGUAUGAUGGGUUUGUAGACUUCCUUUGUGUAUUAUGCCACUUUAAACAACCAAAUCCCCUCAUUCCAUUUGAUCAGAGAAUGGAAACAUUCCUGCGCCGUGGAUUACUGCGACCAUUAUCUCACCGAAAUGAUGUACUGGCAAGUAUUAUGUCGAAUGAAAAGAGACAGUCGAAACCAGAAUCGGCAAGCUAA